UUCAAAACCAUCCCUUUAGGCCUCUCUUUCUCUUCCCAUCAUCAUGCCCCCGGUGAGUCUCGCCCUUCUUUAACGCGUUUCUUGGUGACUCCACUCCCCUUUCGUCAAUCUCACUUCUACUCCUCUACCCUGUGGUCACUAUAUCGGUCCUCUGUCGUGGAAUUCGUGCUCUAAUCUGCUUCUCAGCAGGCUCGAAGCCUCCGCUCCCGAGGCACCAUGAACGAGAAUGAUGAGAACGGGCCCUCGACGCGUCUCACCAGGGCCAAAUCGGCAGCCCUGUCCACCGGGGAUGCUCCCGCCGCCAACGCGGCUGCCAAGAAGCCCCUUCAGACCAAGAAAGCCGCCACCACAACGACUACGGCCGGAACCCAGAGGAGGCGUGCCGCUCUGGGCGAUGUGAGCAACGUGACCAAGACCGAGAAUGUCGAGACCAAGGAGGCCAAGAAGCCCGCUGCCACCAAGGUCGGGUUGACGUCGAAGGCGACGACGCAAUCGGGUGGUGUCCAGAAGCUCAGCCGUAACAACACAUCCCGCACGACUCUCGGAGCCAAGUCCGCCAACGCGAAGAACGCGGCCCCCGAGUUGAAGCGUCCCGGCAGCGGCGGCAAGGGCAGCUCCCAGAUGAAGCGUACCAACAGCCAGAAGUCGAUCCAAGAAAAGACCCUGCAGGCCGAGGAACCCCCACGUAAGAAGGUGGAACUCGAGAAGAAGAAGAAGGUCGUCCAAGAAGUCGCAGAGAAGGUGGAACCGGUCGUCCAGCCCCAGCAAUUGCAGAAACCGACCGAGGAUGCCGUGGACGAUCUGGAUACCGAGGACCUGGAUGACCCCUUGAUGGCAGCCGAAUACGUGGUGGAGAUCUUCGAUUACUUGAGGGAUCUCGAGAUGGAGACGCUACCCAACCCUCAAUACAUUGAGCAUCAACCGGACCUGGAAUGGAAGAUGCGUGGUAUCCUCGUCGACUGGCUCAUCGAGGUCCACACCCGCUUCCGCCUCCUGCCCGAAACGCUCUUCCUUGCCGUGAACCUAAUCGACCGUUUCCUUUCCGCCGAAGUUGUGGCUCUGGAUCGCCUGCAGCUGGUGGGCGUUGCCGCCAUGUUCAUCGCGUCCAAGUACGAGGAAGUCCUCUCUCCCCACGUGGCCAACUUCAGCCACGUGGCGGAUGAGACCUUCUCCGACAAGGAGAUCCUCGACGCCGAGCGCCACAUCCUGGCUACGCUGGAGUACAACAUGAGCUUCCCCAACCCCAUGAACUUCCUGCGCCGUAUCUCCAAGGCCGACAACUACGACAUCCACACCCGCACUCUGGGAAAGUACCUCAUGGAAAUCAGCCUUCUCGAUCACCGUUUCAUGAACUUCCCUCAGAGCCACGUGGCGGCGUCUGCCAUGUACCUGGCACGUCUGAUCCUCGACCGGGGCCCUUGGGAUGCGACCUUGGCGCACUACGCUGGGUACACGGAGGAGGAGAUCGACCCAGUCUUCCGACUGAUGAUUGAUUAUCUCCACCGUCCUGUCUGCCACGAAGCCUUCUUCAAGAAAUAUGCCAGCAAGAAGUUCCUCAAGGCAUCUAUCCUUACCCGACAGUGGGCGAAGAAGUAUCACCACGUUUACAUCGACAGCUCUCUGUCCGAACCUUACACAUACAUCAAAGAUGCCGAGUAAAGUGAAUGCGAUAUCCGCAGUCACCUAAUAACCGGCAUCACUGAACGAAUGGUUGUGGAAGGAGUUUGUUGAAUCUUUAUAUGUUGGCAUUUCUUCGUUUGUGAUGGUAAAGGCACACACCUCUUGCAUAUGUUUACGACGGCAUUUCUCUGUUUCAAUUGCGAAUGUUGGCAUUGUUCACUGCUU